CCGUGGACAAUCUAUCAACUAAGAUAAUUAUUAUUUUUAAUUCGCAUGCGAACGUCAUAUACACGGCCGAUAUAUAUGAUAGUCGUAAAUCAUUACCGGUGCAGCUGUUCGACGUUCACCAAGUGCAGUGUUUCAAUAUUACUUUUCAAAGUUUAAUUCAAUAUAAUAAACAAUAAAUGAUGACGGAACGUGGCGUUCAACUGCGGCUAGAUGGGGAUAUGCAGCUCGUCGAGUCAAUCGAUACCACUGAUUUCGUCAUAGACUUUUUAGGCCGCAAGUCUAUCAGCAUCGGGCUCGACCCGUCUAAAGAUUUCAACGUAUCUAUCCGGAUAAUCGCGCCAUCGCGGUUCGUAUGUAUAACAGCCGAUUUUUUACGUCGCCUUUACUCGUUGAUGGGACAUAUUCUGUCGAUUAUAACCGAUCCACCGGUUAAAAGCCGCGAGAAACUGUUACUCCGGGACGAGACGAUCACACUGUCCAAAAUUAGUUAUCGUGGCAAUAAUAUGCUGGUAAUCGAAUCUCACCACCAGCAAGGGACGCCGUGUAUUAUUGAGCAGACGAAAUCUAUUAAAGCUCCAAGACAUGCAAUGGAUUAUCAACGAGGUUAUCGCCCAAAAAUCUAACAUUAUACGUCACAUGGUGAUGGGACAAACUGAUCUUAUGGCCGCAUAUUUAUACGCAAAUGUACCCGCGGAAAAAUCCUCGUCAGUUGAAGAAAUUACAGCGAUCAUCUGCAAUAUCCACAGCGAUUUAUCCACACUGAAUAUCGUCCCGAAAAAUGAAUACAGUUUCACGAACCAGAUCAAAUUGUUUGCACGCAAACAACUCGCCGAGUGUUGGCACAAGAAAAUGCGCGAAAACAGUACAGAUGACUAUCCGAUCGACGACGCCGCCGCCACAGCCACCGCUGACGUCAUCGAAUGGCCGAUCAGACUCGAAGAAAUUGACGGGUCAGCGAUGUUUUCCUAUACAAACUAUUGAUGAGCUGCUGUCCGCCGAAUUCCACACGGUGCAUUCAACCGGGCGGCCAGGGAUAUAGGAAAAAUAGUCGACUAGGCA